CAUCAGAGAUGCCCUGCUAGCCGCGUCGCUCAAUCAGUGCGACCGCCAGGACUGCGAAUACGCGACGUCAAGGCCGUGUACAAAGUUACCGCCAGAUGACCGACCGCCGACGGAACCGAUGGCCACGAUUACUCGAGAACCAGCGCAGUGCGAUACAUACGCUCGACAAUCUUCCAUGCCUCUCGAAAUCUGUCGACGUGUAUUGAUCCGAAGGCGCAAGAACAACAUCGCACGCGUGCCACUGCUAUCGCCAUACAACAAGGCUAUCUUCGCGAAGACAUUGCGCCUUCAGCAGACUGCUCACAUGUUCGUCGAUGUCGCGACGAUCAUUCCGCGUUCUGCAGCGCCCACAGCGACAGCAUCUUCAACGCGUCCCGCGUCCUUCUCUCCUGCAGUCUCCUGCUCAGGCACCACCAUGUCGUCCAGCUUCAGGCCUCUGCAGGCCCGGAGUCGGACACAGGCACCCGCCGCGCAGCUCGGCACCCCCGGUACAAAGGGCUCGCGUCUCUGCCUCCUCACCUCGGCGAAGGCUGUCUAUGUGCUGAUCCUCACCAGCUGACACGGUGCGGCCCGCGCCUCAGUCGAGCCGUAUCCUCGCUCGCCUCAGCCGAGCCGUAUCCUCAUUCUAGACCAGUGCAACGCCCCUCUCAAUUCAAUCGCACCUACUUUCGCCGGCA